AUGAGGUUAGGUUUCUGGUGUUUCAGUGGACUUUCUGGACUUCCCGGACUUUCUGGACUUCCCGGACCUUCCGGACUUCCCGGAUCUUCCGGACUUCCCGGACUUUCUGGACUUCCCGGACUUUCCGGACUUCCCGGACUAUCCGGACUUCCCGGACUUCCCGGACUUUCCGGAAAGUCCAGAAAGUCCAGGAAGUCCAGAAAGUCCGGGAAGUCCAGAAAGCCCUGCGGAAAGUCCCGAAAGUGUGGGAAGUCCAAAAAGUCCCGGGAAGUCCAGAAAGUUCAGAAAGUCCGGGAAGUCCAGAAAGUUCAGAAAGUCCUGCGGAAAGUCCUGAGAGUGCACAGAAACAUCGGAGAGUCCAUAGACUUAUGUCUGAAUUUCCGUACUUUCCGGAUUUCCUGA